AUGUCGGGCGCCGUUGGCCGAGAGGCAGUAUUCCCGACUCGCCAGUCAUUGGGCUUGAUGAAGAACAAGCUGAAGGGGGCGGAGAUCGGUCAUACUUUACUAAAGAGAAAGAGUGAAGCUUUAACAAAACGUUUCCGAGACAUCACACGCCGCAUCGAUGAAGCCAAACAAAAGAUGGGACGGGUCAUGCAGAUUGCAGCUUUCUCCCUGGCCGAAGUGAGCUACGCCGUGGGUGGAGAUAUCGGCUACCAGAUCCAGGAGUCUGCCAAGCAGGCUCGUUUCCGCGUGCGAGCCAAGCAGGAGAACGUGUCCGGUGUUCUGUUACCGACAUUCGAGAGCUACACACAAGACGGCGUCAAUGACUUUGGUUUGACAGGUCUAGGAAAGGGAGGACAACAGAUUCAACGCUGCCGGGAGACAUAUGCACGGGCAGUGGAGACAUUGGUGGAACUGGCUAGCUUACAGACUGCCUUCUUGAUUCUGGAUGAAGUGAUCAAGGUUGUCAACCGGAGAGUGAACGCAAUUGAGCACGUUAUCAUUCCCCGCACUGAGAACACUAUCAAAUACAUCAACUCCGAACUCGAUGAGCUGGACCGAGAGGAAUUCUACCGCUUAAAGAAGGUCUCCGGCAAGAAGCAGAGAGACGUUGCUGCUGCGGACGCUGAAAUUCUGGCAGCCCGGCAAAAGGCAGCAGAAGAGCAAGCAGCACACCCAGAGGCCGUUGAAAAGGAAGAGAAAGAGACGAAGGAUGUUCUGGGUGAAGAUGAAGACAACGAUGUUAUCUUCUAG